UCUCUCUACACUGUGGUCGACGCCGAAGGCAGCGUGAAGCCCAGCUCCUGUGUGGACAUUGUGGUCCGUCACAAGGACGUCAGCUCUCAUCACCUAGGCCGCAGAGACCGGUUCCGGCUGGAGAUCUGGGCCGGGGGCCAGGGGGGGGGCCCUGGUGGGUGGAAGGAGGUGCCUGCCAUCCUGCAGCCCGGAGCGGGGAGCGGCCAGAGCCAGGAGCACCCCCCAGGGAAGAGACCGGUCAUGCAGGGGGGCAUGCUGGGCACCUGGGGUCAGCAGUACAGCCUGCAGAACCACGCAGGUCGAGCCCCAGCCCCUGGUCUCUUCGUCCUGUACGUGCUGGUCGGGGUGGUGUGCGUCGCCUUCCUCAUGCUCCCCCUGCACGGAGAACCCAGCACAUUGGUUCCGCCUGCCGUCCGCGCGACUGUGAUGCAAAAGCUGGUGUGCGCCUACAUCCUGGGUCUGCUGACCAUGGUGUUUCUCCGGUGACAGACAGACGCAGGAAGGGGAGACAAAGCGUGUCCGUGGGGUGUCCUUGCGGCUGAGGGGGGUCACUGUGAUUGUCUUCAGAGCUGAGGCGCUCCACCCAUCCCAUACCUAGACUCUGUUCCACUUCUGUCUCUCUGGUCCUGGGUUCGAGAGUGAGAAGGAAGGAGAAAAUGGAGAGUUACAUGGAAGCAACCAACAUCAGUGUUUUCCAGAGCACCUAUAGAAGGGAUUUUUAACCCUGCUCUCUACAGAGCUAUGCUCAGAUGGAUGACUCUGUUAUCCGGAGUGAUUAUGUGACUUACCUGUAGAAGUGAACCAGUUCUCCAGCUCUUUGACUUGCUGAGAGGCUCUGGCACCCUGUAGCCUCUGCAGGACUGUCUCUCUAAGCCGCAGUCUGACAGGCCCCUGCCGGGUGUGCUGGGCACAGCAGUUACACAGUUGGCCAGCAGAGGGGGGUGGAGAGCAAGGAUGCCACUGGGACAGAUAGGCAGACAAGCAGACAGAGUUCAGAAAUGAACACAGACAGACAGGCAUAAUGAACUCACUCAAGACAGACAUCCAGAUGUGCUGAGGCAAGAAGACAGAUGAACAGGCAGGCUGUGAGACAAAGGAGUAGAUGGUGUACCGAGCUUAGAGAAGCCCAGUUAAGCAGACAGUCAGGUAGGCAGAGGCACAGACAGCUGGUUCCAGGGAAUACAGGCUGCCACCUGGAUCCUGCAUCCUCCUGGAUCUGAGACUUGUGUAAAGCUGGCUUGGUGUGCUGAGCAGUGAGAAGACCAGUUUACAGGACCAGCUCUGAUACAGGAAAUCGAGCAGGGUGUGAGGACAGGUGACCCCAUUCUAUUGGGGACCCCAGUGGUCACUUUUCAACCAACAGACCCUAUGUAGCGCUCAAAGACUUGUACCCCAGGAUUACAGUAUAUUAAAUUAGACAAUGUACUGUAUACAACAUAUGUAUGAAGAGCAGUGAGCAGGUUUAUUUCAAGCCCAUGUACAAUGGAAACUGCACUUUUGAUCUAUGAAGCAGCGAGAUUGGGUCCAAACAGACCAAAGGGAACACACUGCCAUGGACAGACAGUGGACAGCAGAGGGCGCUACAUCACCAGUGUCCACCAGCAACCAUCUCAUCAUCUCAGUGCAACUUCCACCUCUGUUCCUGGUGGCUCUGCGUGCAGAAGGAUGGGGUACACAGCCACUUGAAUCUGCGCAGUGUCACCACUGUGUUAAAGCGUUCUCCUGAGCUGAUUCUUUAUUGUCUCUGUCAGACAAGGUGUUAGGCUGGUGGCUAUGCCUUUCCUGCCUCUAGCUGGACUUUAAACUUGUUGGACACCAGAGGGUGCUGACCUCGCAGGUAUCCCUGAGACCCCCACACCAGAACCCACACUCCACCGCUGUCUGCAUCUGUGGCAGUGUGCUCCGCACGUUCUGUGGGUGUGGGGCCCAGUCCUCGCCACAGUCUGAACGAGCCCACUGACGUUCUGAACACCCUGGAAUCCUGUACAGUCAGGUGUUUUUUUAUGAUGAUGAAAUUUAGGCAGAGUCUGAAUUAAUAAAGAUGUCAUAUUUAA